AUGGGUGACUGGAACCUACUUGGCAGCAUCCUAGAAGAGGUCCAUAUUCAUUCCACUAUCGUGGGCAAGAUCUGGCUUACCAUACUCUUCAUCUUCCGCAUGCUGAUCCUGGGUGCGGCUGCUGAGGAUGUAUGGGACGACGAACAGUCCGAGUUUGUCUGCAACACUGACCAGCCUGGCUGCAAGGCGGUUUGUUACGAUCGUGCCUUCCCCAUCUCACUCAUUCGCUUCUGGGUCCUGCAGGUCAUCUUUGUCUCUGCCCCCUCACUGGUCUACAUGGGCCAUGCCCUCUACUGCAUCAGAACACUGGAGAAGGAGCGCCACCGCAGACGGGCCCAGCUGAAGGAGGAGCUGGAUGAAGCUGAGUUGGCCUUGGACGAACAUAAGCGCAUGGAGAGAGAGCUGAGGAGGCUGGACGAGCAGAGGAAGGUGAAGAAAGCUCCUCUCAGAGGCUCUCUGUUGAGAACCUACAUCAUCCAUAUCCUUACACGCUCUGUGGUGGAGGUCUGCUUCAUCCUGGGCCAGUAUAUACUCUAUGGUGUCCAACUGGAGCCACUAUAUAAGUGUGAGAGACUGCCUUGCCCCAACAGUGUAGACUGUUACAUCUCAAGGCCCACAGAGAAGACCAUCUUCAUGGUCUUCAUGAUCGCUAUUGCUGGUGUGUCACUUUUCCUCAACAUUUUGGAAAUAUCCCACCUGGGCAUCAGGAAGAUCAAACAGACACUGUAUGGAGAGAGGUACACGGAAGACGACAGUUUGAUUUACAAGUCCAAGAAGAAGGCGUCCAUACCACACCUCUGUGUAAUGAGCAAUGUAUCGCCUCACAAUGGGCCUUUGAGUCAGACCUUUAAAGUGAUUCCAGAGGCGGACAUGAAGCCUCCUCAUUACAACACUGGCCUCAAAGCCAACCAGGACGUGCCAAGACACUACAGCUUGGCUGAUCUGGGACAUAGUCAGACCAGCUAUAUCUGCCCCCAACCUAGGAUGCCACCAAGGUCUGGCCAGAACUCCACGAUGGACCACAAUCCAACCUGGGUUUCUGCUGCGUCCAAUGUGGAGGGAAGUACAACAAGCCAUCAUGAGGAUCACCAUGAUGGAGAACACCCUCGCCCAAGCCAUUUGGAAGCUCUACUGUCCACUAGCACCUUAAGGCCCAGCACUAUCAGAGACCUGGAUGAGGAUGAGCGAAGGGAGUCAAUGGGAAGUGAGGUCCUGAUCCCUAAUCCCAGAAAGACCAGCUUUAUGACCAGGCUACCGUCUGAGAGCUUGUCCUCCAUCAGUGGCUCCACAAGCCCGUCCUUACAUACCUCAGAGGAGUCGGAUGAACUGGGAUCCCUGCAAGGAGACAUGCCCAUGAUGCCGCCUGCAGGAGGCCGAAGAAUGUCAAUGAGCAUGUUUCUGGAUAUCUCCUCUAUCAUGAAGAAGUGAAGUGACAAGGCUAACAUCAUGUCCAUAGGAGCUGUGUUCCACAGCCCAGAUGGGUCACAAACAGGGGA